AUGUUUGUCUUCUUGCAACUGGAUGGAAGGCCCGAACUGCAGGGGUUGACUUUCUGUGUUUUUCUCCUAAUUUAUCUCUUCACCCUGGCUGGGAAUUAUCUCAUCAUUGUUGUCACCUUGACAAAUCGCUCCCUUCAUACUCCAAUGUAUUUCUUCCUCAGGGUCUUAUCAGUCCUGGACAUGUGCUAUUCUUCUGUCACCAUCCCUAAGAUGUUGCUGAAUGUAUUGAUAGAAGACAGCAGCAUCUCCUAUGUUGGCUGUGCCACCCAGAUGUACUUCUUGCUUUUCCUGGGGUCUGCAGAGUGUAUUCUUUUAGCAGUCAUGGCAUAUGAUCGUUACAUGGCUAUAUUCAACCCGCUGCAAUAUCUGAUUCAUAUGAAUAGGAGAGUGUGCCUUUCAUUUUCUUUGCUUUCAGUUGUUGGUGGAAAUCUAGUCUCUUUAGUGCAAACUAUUUGGGUGUUCACUUUGCCAUUCUGUGCUUCCAAUAAGAUUGAUUAUUUCUUUUGUGAUAUUCCUCCAUUGAUUAAACUUUCUUGUAUCAAUACUUCCAUGUUUGAGAUUCAGUUGUUAUCAGCCACUGUUCUGGUUAUAGUCAUUCCUUUUAUUCUUAUCCUUGUCUCCUAUAUCCUAAUAAUUUCUUCCAUUCUAGCAAAGACUUCUGAUGAGGGCAGAUGGAAAACAUUCUCCACUUGCUCUUCUCACAUCAUGGUGGUGAUAUUAUAUUAUGGGACCAGCAGCUUUAUUUACAUAAAGCCCCAAUAUAUCUUCUCAGAGGACAAGGGCAAAAUGCUUGCUCUGAUAUAUACAACCAUCACGCCCAUGUUGAAUCCUGCUAUCUAUAGCAUCAGGAACAAAGAGGUACAGAGAGCCUUGAGGAAAAUGAUGGGUAACUGGAAAAAAAAUUGCAUGGGAACCAAUGUUCACAUGAUGGCCUGA